AUGACGUCCCCCGCGCCCUACAAACACUCGCCUGCCUUUGACGAGGGCUUCCUGCAAGUCAGCGAGCUUCACAAACUCCAUUACGAGCAGUAUGGAAAACGAGAUGGAAAGCCCGUCGUCUUCCUCCACGGCGGCCCAGGCGGCUCGGCUACAUACGAGCACACCGUCUUCUUCGACCCGGCCGUCUACCGCGUGAUCCUCUUCGACCAGCGCGGAGCAGGCAAAUCUCUCCCGCCAGCCGAACUCCGCGAAAACACUUCUCAACUGCUCGUCGCGGAUAUCGAGUCGCUGCGGCAGCACUGCGGGAUUGAAAAGUGGGCGAUGGUGUUUGGCGGGUCGUGGGGCUCGACGCUGAGCUUGCUGUACGCGCAGACGCACCCGGAGCGCGUGGGCUCGCUUGUCGUGCGAGGUGUGUUCACCGAGCGGAAAGAGGAAUUGCAGUUCUCGCGGGGACGCGGUACUGGUGCUGCUCGCAUUCAUCCAGAGGUGUACGAGCGGUUCGCGGGGCAUCUGGAUCCUGCGAUUCGACAUGAUCCUAUUCGCGGGUACUACGAGCUUCUCACUUCGGAGGACUACGGUACGCGAUUGGAGGCUGCGAAGCGGUGGAAUGAAUGGGAUAGCAUGCUGGGGUUGCUGGUUUCGAAAUCCGAUGGUCUAGCUGGCAAAAGUGACACUUGGUUUCUGCAGCAUGCGAGGCUGGAAACGCACUAUGGUGUCCAUGGGGGCUUUAUGGAGGAUGGACAGUUGCUGAGGCCGGAGAAUUUGGCCAGGAUCAAACAUAUCCCCUGCGCCAUUGUACAGGGCAGAUAUGAUUUGUUCUGUCCGCCGACUACUGCGUGGCAGCUGCACAGCGGUCUCCCGCUCUCGAAACUCCACAUCAUCCCGGAUGCUGGGCACAGUGCAUUCGAACCGGGAAUCUAUCGCAAGCUGAUUGAGGUGUGCGAUGAGUUUGCAAAGAUGGACCUAUAA